AAGAAGAAGCAAAACAGUGCUGGGAAUUCACCUUCUGCCAGUCAUAAUGGUCGCCCAUCGGUCUCGGCAGAGGUGACAAGACAGAGUCGAAGAGAUAGUGCGAUGAGCGAAGCAUGGCCAACUGCCGAACUGGCUGCAGAUCCCAUCCUACAACAAGAAGCCAUCGCAGAAGAAAAAGACCCAUACCUCGUCACCUUUGAUGAAAAUGACCCUCUGGAUCCCAAGUUAGCUGAUGCCGAAACCAUUUCUUUGAUAGCCGGGUACUGUGUAGGGCCUUUCGUGUGGGCACCAACAAGUGAGAGUGUAGGAAGGAGGCCCAUGUUCAUCAUCGGCUUCCUUGGAUAUUUUGCUUUUCAAAUCGCUUGUGCAGUUGCACCUAAUGGUGUUGCACUGCUGUUGUUCCGCUUCUUUGGUGGCUGCUUUGCAGCAUGCCCUCUUACCAACUCGGGUGCAGUCCUAGCUGGGACGCCAAUCGACGAGGCACUGCUACCGCCAUCUUCACCGUCUCUCCCUUUGCAGUACGGACCAGCUCUUGGGCCCAUCGUCGGCGGGUACAUUGAACUUGCGGGAGUCAAGUGGCAAUGGCUAUUUUGGAUUCUCUCUAUCUUUUCUGGGUUAUGUUUGCUUUUGAUCAUCUUCACCAUCCCAGAAACAUAUGGACCCGUGAUCUUGGCCCAAAAGGCCAGAAAGCUGAGGGAAUCGACGAAUGAUCCGAGAUGGAAAGCACCUAUCGAGCUUGAAGAGUUCAUCUAUGGGCUCCUCUAUCUCCUAUUUUUGGCCUACCCCGUCGUCUUUGUCGGAGGCCACCACUUGAAUGCAGGUGAAUCUGGCCUGACCUUCUUACCCAUAUUCAUAGGCGGUAUUAUCGGGGAUAUUCUAGUAAGCAGCACGUUUAUUGUACCACAAGAACGGUGCCCUAACCACUUCUAUCUACAGUACGUAUUCGUCUUUGCUCCUAAAUAUGCCAAAGUAUCAGAACAAUACGGCGGAAAAGCUCCACCGGAAGCUCGUCUCCCUAUGGCAAAGUGGGGUGGACCUAUCCUCGCCAUCUCCAUGUUCUGGUUUGGAUGGACCAGUUAUACCUCGAUCAGUCUUUGGGCCCCCGUGCUCGCUGGCCUUGGGGUUGGACUUUCCCUGAUCAUGCUCUUCCUCUCUCUAUUCAACUACAUUAUCGAUGCAUACAUUUUGGUGGCAGCUAGUGCCCUCGCCUCAAGUACCGUGGUACGAAGUGCCUUUGGGGCUGGAUUCCCGGUGAGCUCCUCCCUCUUUCCAUCGGCUGCCUCAUGUCCUGUGCAUGCCACACUUUUGGCCACCCACCCCCAAAUGUACGAAAAGCUGGACCCUAGAAUCGCGUCGACGGUGCUCGCGGCCUGCGUGGUCCUUCUGUGCCCGGUACCCUUCAUCUUUGAAAAAUACGGACCAAGGAUACGGAAGAACAGCAAAUAUGGUAUCUCGGAUUAG